UACCUCAUAACAUAUUGGAGGGGGGCUCGCCUUUAUAUUGGAGAAAAUUUGAAAAAGCAGUACUCUACUUGCACCAAGAAGUGAAGCAUGCCUUCUGAACAAUCCUACGUCAGCUCUCCUGAAAGAGAUGUCGAGGUGCCAAAUGUUCCGCUUAUGUCCUAUGUUUUCGAGCAGCUGAGAGCCGGAUUAGAGAAAUGGCCGAAGGAUAAAAAGUGGAUUGUGGACAUUCCAUCUGGCAGAUCCAUAAAACUCUCCGAAGUUGAGUCAAAUGCUCGUAAGAUCGCAAGUGCAUUCACAAGGCUGGGAAUGCAGCACGGCGAUUUUCUUUACUUCUGCACGUAUGAAAUGGCACAAUUCUACCAAAUUCAGGUGUCGCUCUUCCUUCUGGGCGGAUGUGUGAGAGGUUGUCACCCUGCCACCAGACCAGAAAUUAGCACCAAGGAGAUGCAGGAUAUCAAGGCCAAGUUUGCAAUCGUGGACCACGAGACGAUUGGUACAAUUCGAGAAGCAAUCAAAAAGGUUGGCUUUCCCGUUCAGUUGAUCAGCGUUGGGGAGAAAAAACUGCCUGGAACUAUUUACUACACAGAGCUUCUUGAGGACGACGGGACGGCUUUCCCUGAGGACGUGAAAAUCAACCCAAAGACCGACAUCGCAAUUGUCAUCAACACAAGCGGCUCGACUGGAGCGCCAAAAGGUGUCGUGCACACUCAGCGCUCCAUAUUGGCUGCGAUGCUCUCCGAGGAACGCGUGCUCGUGAUAGAAGAUUCAAUGAUGGAGCUCAUGACGAACUACGGCGUCAUCUCUAACAGCCUUCUGAUGCACGACUUGUGCCACGGCAUAACCACUUAUCACUUUACAAAGUUCGAGAAGGAAAUUCUCGUCGACCAAAUGCUGAAAUACAAGCCAAAUGGAAUCAUUUUAUAUCCACACAUCGCAGCCUGGCUUAGCAAGCAGACAGAUAAAUUAAAGGAAAUUCGAGAAAAAGACUUUCUGCGCACCCUCCUCUGCGGGGGUUGGGUCGUGGACGCGCGCACGGCAGACACAAUGGCAGAGGCGUUGCCAAAUACCUACUUCAAGACGGUUUACGGCAUGUCAGAGGCGUUUGGAGUUUCAAUGAAGAUAAACGGAGCUAAACCCAACAAAAUGGAGCGUUGCAUCAACGAAGAUAGAGAAUAUAUAUCCUCUGGUCCGCUCAUGGUAAACGUCAAAGCAAAGAUCAUUGAUUUGGAGACAGGAAAAGCACUCGGCCCGUACUGUAGGGGAGAAAUUCUAGUGAAAAGCCCAUCACUCACGGCAGGAUACCUGACAGAAAAAGGGAAGCCGCACAACAGAGAUAGUUUCACAGAAGACGGCUGGAUGAAGACGAGCGAUCUGGGAUUCUUUGACGAAAAGGGCUUCCUGUACGUGGUGGAACGGAUCACUUUUGUCUACAAAUACCUGACCAUGAUUACGUCCCCGGCUGAAGUCGAGUCAAUUCUGAUGCAGCACCCUGACGUUCUGGAAGCAGGUGUGAUCACCUUCUCCGACCCAGAGUUUGACAAUCUGGCCAAAGGCCUCGUAGUGAAGAGGCGCGGCAGCAAGUGUACCGAGGCUGAUUUGGUCAAAUUUGUUGCGGAGAGGGCGGCCAUCAACAAGCACCUGCACAAAGGCGUGCAAUUUGUUGAUGCUCUACCUCUUGGCACAGGAGGGAAAAUUGAUAGGAACGCCCUCAGACGUAUGGCCAUACAGGACUAGCACAUUUAAAUUUGUAAUUUUAAUUAAAAUGUACUAAUUUUUAAAAUUGAGUGAGGUGCUUGUUUUGAAGCAGUUGUAUGGAUUGUAAAAACGGGCCUAGCUUAUUCAAGAAUAUUUUUUCACACCUCAUCCUAGAUUUUGUAUCAUCAAUUUUAUUAUAACAUAUUUAUCUACAUGCUGAAAAUUACAUAUAUUACAGCAGUACGGUUCACGUGUAAUAAAUAGCGUGGUACUCUUCAGGAAAAAAUAAUUUUUAUUCCAGUGCACCUACUUUCAAAUUAAAUUUUAAUUUGUAGACAAAUUUAUGGAGAAAUUUUAAACUAAUAAAUUUUUAGCUAUUUGUGCUGUUUUAAUUGCAAAUAAACGAGAAA